CGAAGUGUUUGUAGCCGUGUGCAAUACUCCAAAGGAAAAAUAUUUUGGGAACCUCCAAAUUCAUUCCUUAUAAAUGGAACAUUCCAAGUUUACUAGCCCAAGUGCCAAAACCCUCCCCCCUUUAUAUAAACCCCACUUGCAAAGUGCAACAAUUCGCCACGAGCAUGCACGCACUCUAAUACUUGUAAACUGCAAUUCCUUCUCUCUCCCUCUCUCUUGUCUAUAGUGAAACGAUGCUCAAGAUAUCCCCAACCUCUAGUUUCUGUGAAAGGAAUGAGGGUGACCAAAAUAGGCAAGUACAAGUAGAAGAGGAGCCCAACAUGUUCACCACUUUGAUCCCCGAAUCCCCAACAUGUGAAUCCCAUAAUAACACCACCCAUUUGUCCCUAGCUGUCAACGAAGCCAAAUGCAUAUUCAACAUAUCCUUCUCCAUGGUCCUAACAGGCCUCUUACUCUAUUCCCGCUCCAUGAUCUCCAUGCUCUUCCUCGGCCACCUCGGAGACCUCGCUCUCGCAGGUGGCUCCUUAGCCAUCGGUUUCGCCAACAUCACCGGCUAUUCCAUUCUCUCUGGCCUCGCCAUGGGCAUGGAACCCAUCUGCGCUCAAGCCUUCGGAGCUAAACGCUUCAAACUCCUCGGUCUCACCAUGCAGAGAGCCGUGCUCCUCCUCCUCCUAACUUCACUCCUCAUCUCAUUCUUCUGGCUCAACAUGAACAAAAUAUUGCUCCUUUGUGGCCAACAACAAGACAUAGCCAAUGAAGCACAAAGUUACAUAAUUUACUCUCUCCCUGAUCUUAUAUUACAAUCGCUGCUUCACCCUCUUCGAAUCUACCUCCGAAGCCAAUCCAUAACACUCCCUCUCACGUGCUGCGCCGCCUUAUCUAUCCUCCUCCACGUGCCCAUCAAUUACCUCCUCGUAUCCGUGCUCAACCUCGGAAUCAAAGGCAUCGCGUUAAGCGCGGUCCUCACAAAUUUCAACCUCGUGGCGUCCUUGGUUGUUUAUAUAAUCCUCUCGGGCACGCACAAGAAAACGUGGCCGGGUUUUUCCUCGGGGUGCUUCAAGGGGUGGAGAACGCUCGUGAAUCUCGCGGUUCCGAGUUGCGUUUCGGUGUGUCUGGAAUGGUGGUGGUACGAGAUUAUGAUAUUGCUAUGCGGGGUGUUGGUGAAUCCCCAUGCAAGUGUUGCGUCUAUGGGGGUUUUGAUUCAAACCACCGCUUUGAUAUACAUUUUCCCGAGUUCGCUGAGUUUUGGAGUGUCAACGCGGGUUGGAAACGAGUUGGGCGCGGGGAAUCCACGCGGAGCGAAACUCGCGGCGGUUGUGGGCCUCUGUUUUAGUUUCGUAUUGGGGGUCUCUGCUUUGGCGUUCGCGGUUUCCGUGAGGAAGGUUUGGGCCUCCAUGUUCACACGGGACGCGGAGAUCAUUGGUUUGACGUGUGCCGUGUUGCCCAUCAUUGGGCUUUGCGAGCUCGGGAACUGUCCCCAGACGACGGUUUGCGGCGUCUUGAGGGGAACCGCGAGGCCCAAAUUGGGAGCCCACAUAAAUUUAGGUUGUUUCUAUCUGGUGGGUAUGCCCGUCGCGGUGUGGUUGGGGUUCUUUGCGGGGUUUGACUUCAAAGGGUUGUGGCUUGGGAUGUUGGCGGCGCAAGGGUCUUGUAUGAUCACAAUGAUGUUCGUGUUGGCACGUACCAAUUGGGAUGCUCAAGCACUAAGGGCUAAGGAGCUCACGUUUUCUGAACCUAAUGAGGCGAAAUUUUGCAACCUCGUGGAAGAGGAAGAGGUUGAGAAAUGCUUUUUCGGAUCAUGUGCCACCCAACAAGCCUCUCAUUUCGUUGUUUGAUUUUUGUCCCUCCACGCACAAAAAAUUUCCCCAAGGAUUUUUAGUUUUAUUUUUAUAGUCAAGAUUCAGAAGAUUAAUUAUUCAUUCUAUACA